UGUUUUUCUUCUUGCGCACAUAGCUUUUGAGCCCGCUAUAAGGAGAAACUUAACUGAAAUUGUCGUCGCGGAGUUUAAAAUAUAUAUAUAUACACUGUAUAUCGAUAUAUAUUUCUCUUUAUAGUUUUUAACUUCAACGAGAGUAAAGGUGAUGGCUGUUGCUGUCUCAAGGGAUUUGUCAGUGCAGGUGCUCGAGGAUCUGAAUACAGUUAAACUAACGGAGAGACAGCAAACUGUGCGUGAUGCAAAACAGCGCGGACAACCAAAAUGUAUUGGGGUGAGUCAGAUAAUGUUGGGCCUGAUGAUCAUGUCCUACUCUAUUCCACUGCACUUCAUCAAUGUCACUGAGGUGGUUUACCUGGGUGUGCCAUGGUGGAGUGGGCUAGUGUUUAUAACGGCUGGAGUGGUUGCUAUCAUCUUGGACAAAAACUGUACCGCGAGGACUUACCAGGCAUCCUUGAUGGUGAAUGUUGUUUCCACAGUGGUGUCAGUUAUUGCUGUGAUUGUUUAUUCUGUGGAUCUGGACAAACAUCCAGAGGCAUCAUGUGUCAAGAAAUUGGAUGGAAGCUGUAACGUAAACUUCUACGCCACGCGCCUGACCAGAGGGUUGAAAUUCUCCCUCCUGCUCUUCACCUUGGCACAGACUGCGGGAUCUGCCACUCUCUGCUUCUAUCUGUACAGAAUGAAGUAUACCUUUGGAUUGUACAGUUCUUUUACCGAAGCUGCUUCAUCGAUUCCCAGAAGACCCACCUGACCGUUACUCCAUCUCAAGAUUUAGUGGAUUGUUUGAUGAAAAAGUGUCACUAUACACAAUGGCAUGUAAUUGAAAAUACAAACCACUAAAUACUCACAUGUAACUGUAAAUGAUGCAUUAGCAGCAACAUCAACUGUUCCUCACUAAUUUCACCUGAUAAUUGUGAUCACCAGUGCGCCACUUUUUUGAAAACAAAUUAUAUAUAUAUAUAUAUAUUAGAGCGGUCAAACGAUUAAAAUAUUUAAUCUAAUUAAAAAUGCAACUGUCAUAAUAAACUCAAAUGAACUAAAAAUUAAUCGUGAUUACUCACACAUUUUUUUUUAUCAUUUCUGAAUUUCCUUUUACAUUUUUUGUCCUAUUUUGCCCCAUUUUAAUGCUCUCAUCAACAUGGAAUCAUGAAUCAGUUUUCUAUGUGCCAAAUGCAAAUAUUGACUGAAAUAACAAUUUCAAUUUUCAAUUUUCCAUGAACAUUUUUCACUUGCAGCAGUUAUUCACCCAUAAUCUUUCACACAAUAUUACUGUCCAUCAACAACAGUGAAAAAAAUAUUUUAUCACACAACAGCUGCUUUAACAACUUUUUUUAAAUGAAAUCAACUCCAUCUCCAUUAAUCUUGCGAGAAAAUUUAUAAUCCCAUUAAAAUUCAUUUAAAUUAAUGCCAAUAAAAACACGCUAAACUGCUCUUAUAUAUAUAUAUGUAUAUAAUUUUUGUUUUCUUCUGGACUUUCUCUCACUUACCCAUUUCCUGUGGCACCUGUGAAUAAUUCGUGCAAAAGGGUCAACUGCAUAGCGACAGACACCCCCUGUGCCUGAUGAUAAUUCAUGAUUUGCAUCAUGUUUCACGAAGAUGCAAAUGACAUGCCUGGAUACAUAUUUUUCCCUACAUGCGCUUUCCAUUAAAAAAACUAACACACGUU